GUUGCAUCAGCCAGGCCCGGGGUCCUUCCAAGGCUGCCCUCUUCCAUGCCUGAGCCAACCCCGAAGCCCCUUGAAGCCAGUCUCCGGGCUAGAAAGAGGCGGCGGGGCGAAUUUGUUUCCCUUUGCGUUUGUCGGCGUCGCCUGGGCCGGGGGGCGAAGGCAAGAGAACCGCUGUGUUCCGUGGCGAAGGGUCAGGCAGGUUCACCGGCCUCCUAACUUCCUUUCAGGCAAGAUGGCGGGGGACGAGGCGGGAGUGACUCUGGGGCAGCCGCACCUCUCCCGGCAGGACCUGAGUACCUUGGAUGUAACUAAGUUGACACCUCUGUCACCAGAAGUCAUCAGUAGGCAAGCUACAAUUAAUAUAGGUACAAUUGGCCAUGUAGCUCAUGGAAAGUCAACAGUAGUAAAAGCUAUUUCUGGAGUUCAUACUGUCAGAUUCAAAAAUGAACUGGAGAGAAAUAUCACUAUCAAGCUGGGCUAUGCCAAUGCUAAGAUUUACAAACUUGAUGAUCCAAGUUGUUCUCGACCAGAAUGUUACCGAUCCUGUGGGAGCAGUACACCUGACGAAUUCCCAACAGAUAUUUCUGGGACCAAAGGGAAUUUUAAACUAGUCAGGCAUGUCUCUUUCGUGGAUUGUCCUGGCCAUGAUAUCUUGAUGGCUACUAUGUUAAACGGAGCAGCUGUCAUGGACGCAGCUCUGCUGUUAAUAGCUGGCAAUGAGUCAUGUCCUCAGCCGCAAACCUCAGAACACUUAGCUGCUAUAGAAAUCAUGAAACUGAAACACAUUCUGAUUCUACAAAAUAAGAUUGAUUUGGUAAAAGAAAGCCAAGCCAAGGAGCAGUAUGAGCAAAUUCUAGCUUUUGUACAAGGUACUGUUGCAGAAGGAGCUCCAAUUAUUCCAAUCUCGGCACAGCUGAAAUACAACAUUGAAGUUGUUUGCGAAUACAUAGUAAAGAAAAUUCCAGUGCCAUUAAGAGACUUCACAUCAGAACCAAGGCUUAUUGUUAUUAGAUCUUUUGAUGUCAACAAGCCUGGAUGUGAAGUUGAUGACCUGAAAGGAGGUGUAGCAGGCGGUAGUAUUCUAAAAGGUGUAUUAAAGGUAGGCCAGGAGCUUGAGGUAAGACCUGGCAUUGUAUCGAAGGACAGUGAAGGAAAACUUAUGUGCAAGCCCAUCUUUUCCAAAAUUGUAUCACUCUUUGCAGAACACAAUGAUCUGCAGUAUGCUGUGCCUGGAGGGCUUAUUGGUGUUGGCACCAAAAUUGAUCCAACUUUGUGCCGAGCUGAUCGAAUGGUGGGGCAAGUUCUUGGUGCAGUUGGAGCUCUACCUGAAAUAUUCACAGAACUUGAAAUUUCCUACUUCUUGCUGAGGCGACUGUUAGGUGUCCGCACUGAAGGAGACAAGAAAGCAGCAAAGGUGCAAAAACUAUCCAAAAAUGAAGUUCUAAUGGUAAACAUAGGAUCACUGUCUACUGGAGGACGAGUCAGUGCAGUGAAAGCUGAUCUGGGCAAAAUAGUCCUAACAAAUCCUGUGUGCACCGAAGUAGGAGAAAAAAUUGCCCUUAGUCGAAGAGUUGAGAAGCAUUGGCGUUUAAUUGGCUGGGGACAGAUUAGAAGAGGAGUGACAAUCAAGCCCACAAUAGAUGACGACUGAAAAGCUGAGAUGCAUUGCUUCACUUUGUAAAAGCUGAAGUGUUUCCAUACACCUGAGAGUGCAUUUUCAGAGUGGAAGCUGUUGUACAAUGUCCACAUUAUACUGAAAAUCAAGCCUCUUAACUGAAAUUCUAGUUGGUAUCUGCAAUAAAUGUGUAAAAGAAAUUGGCAAAGACGGAUUUAAUUAUCCUCACUUACAGCAAAACUAAACUUGACUCAUGUUUAAUUUAUGUCAGUUUGUCUGAGACUCUCUUUGGGGCUGGCUUACCUAACUUUAAACAAUGUAACACAAUACCCCACAAUCUGUUUUGAAAUAAAAAAUAUUGCUUAUUUUUUCAUUUAA